AUUGGGCGAGCCCACACUCCUUAAAGCUAUGCCAUUGAGAAUAUCGUUUUUCUGUCACAUUAUAGUUCUAAGAAUAGAAUGCUACCUUGUCUGGAUGAUUUACGGGAAUCCGUGGAUAUUAUUUAAUACUUUUCAAGCAUAUAUCUGGAUUAGCGCCUAAAUUUGCACUUCAAAAUUCAAAAAUUGACCAGAAACUUUGUUUUAAGUUGCAUAUGUGUGUGUGGGUGUUUAACCUAGUUCUGUAACUAAAAGCUCGUUUUACUAUUUAAGGACAAUCAAAAUGGAUCUCAAGACGCAGUCUUUCCUGCUUCUGGUUAUUUUCAAUGGUAUCUGUGCCAGUUUGCAACAAGUUCCUCAAGCAUUUACCUCAGCAAACCCUUGCACUUCAAAGGGAAAGUGCCAUGAAUGUAUACAGACUCCCUCUUGUGCCUGGUGCAAUGAUCCAAAUUUUGAAGACAAUCAUAGAUGCUUCCAACCAUCAACUGUGACCAGCCAGCAAAAACAAUGCCCUGAAGAAUAUGUGGUGAAUCCUGACAACAUUGAAAGUACCUUGAUGAAUCUGACUCUUAGCAAGGCUCACAAAGCUGGCAUUAUAAGCUCAGGAACUUUAGUUGAUGUGGCAGAAGGAUCCUACAAUCAUUCUGGUAGUUGGAGCGCCAGCGGCAGUGAAAGUAGUAGUUGGGGUGGUGGAGAAUGGGGAGCACAAGCAGGAGGGAAGAUUGUUCAAUUGGCCCCACAGAGGAUAAACUUGAAGUUAAGAGUCAGGCAAUCUUACAAAAUCGAUAUGUGGUACACGCAAGCAGAAGACUACCCAGUAGAUCUGUACUAUCUUAUGGAUCUCAGCAAAUCUAUGUCGGAUGAUAAGGAAAAACUAUCAUUAUUAGGCGAUCAGUUGGCGUAUACUAUGAAAAAUCUAACGUCAAAUUUCAAAUUGGGUUUUGGCAGCUUUGUUGAUAAAGUUGUCAUGCCUUAUGUCAGCACCCUAAAGGACAAUCUAGAGCAUCCAUGCGAAGGUUGCGCAGCCCCCUAUGGCUACAAGCACUCAAUGACAUUAUCAACUAAUACAGAACUAUUCUCAGACAUGGUGAAAAGAGCAGAUGUAUCUGGUAACCUGGAUGCCCCUGAAGGAGGUUUCGACGCUAUCAUGCAGUCUGUUGUCUGCCGAGAACACAUCGGUUGGAGAGAACAAGCCAGAAGAUUGCUCGUGUUUUCAACAGAUGCCAGUUUUCAUUAUGCUGGAGAUGGGAAGUUGGGAGGUAUCGUGAAACCAAACGAUGGUAGAUGCCACCUUUCCAGAGAAGGCUUCUACACGGAAUCUUCUUACCAAGACUACCCAUCAAUCGAACAGAUCAACUUAAGCGUAAAGAAAAACUCUAUAAACGUCAUCUUUGCCGUUACCGAAUCCACAAUUGACAUUUACAAGCAACUCGCUGCAAACAUUGAAGGAUCCUCAGUGGGAAAAUUAGAAGGAGACAGUUCAAACAUUGUGUCGUUGAUCAAGGAACAGUAUGAGCAGAUUUCUUCGACGGUAGAGAUGAAACACAAUGCAUCUAGCGCGGUCAGCAUCAAGUUCUAUACGAGGUGUUUGAAUUCUACAGGGGCGUUGGUCAAUACCAACAAGUGCGGCAAUAUCAAGGUUGGAGAUCUCAUCCAGUUCAAAGUCGAAGUAGAAGUACUGAAAUGUCCCAAAAAUAGAGAUGAACAUAAGCAGACCAUCCAAAUAUAUCCGGUUGGUAUCAACGAAAGUUUGAUCAUCGACUUGGAAAUGUUAUGUGAAUGUAACUGUGAGAAGCCUGGAGACAGGUUCUAUGAAGAAAAUUCUCCCCGUUGCAACCACAAAGGCACGUACAUCUGCGGUAUCUGCGAGUGUUACCCGAGAGCGUUUGGUCGCAAAUGCGAAUGUUCAACGGAAGAAGCCAGUCGAAAUAUCACUGAUGCUACGUGUGUGAGGCCAGACGGGCCACCUGGUGUCAAAUGCUCGAAUCGAGGGGACUGCGUGUGCGGAAAGUGCCAGUGUCAUGCUAGGAAAAAUGAUAACGAGCGUGUGUAUGGCCCGUAUUGCGAAUGUGAUAACUUCAGCUGUGAGCAUCACGAUGGUAAACUCUGCAGCGGCCCCGACCACGGAGAAUGCGAUUGCGGUGUAUGCAGAUGUACCGAAGAAUGGACUGGAACGAAUUGCGCUUGCCGGAAAUCCAACGCCACGUGUUAUGCUCCUGAUACUUCGGAUGGGCUGCUUUGUAGCGGACAUGGGGUCUGCGAAUGCGGGGUCUGUAAAUGUGACACGACGGAAGAUGGCAGGUACUCAGGAAAGUUCUGCGAGAGGUGCCCGACUUGUUCUGACAGAUGUAUCGAAUACAAAGACUGCGUCCAGUGCCAGAUGUACAGAACGGGACCAUUGAAAGACGAACAUGAUUGUGCCACAAAUUGUACAAAAUUCACACCAAUUCCUGUCAAGGAAGUUGUAGCAAACGAAGAAAAUAACGAAUUCAAAUGUGCCUAUUAUGAUGAAGAUGAAUGUAUAUUCACCUACGUUUACUACUUUGACAAUGACAACAAACUGCAAGUGAAAGCACAGGAGAAUAGAGAGUGUCGUGAAAAGAUAUUUUUGCCGUUCAUAGUAAUAGGAGUAAUAGCAGCAGUUGUCUUAUUAGGUUUAGCAAUUCUUCUAUUGUGGAAACUGUUAACAACUAUCCACGACAGGAGAGAAUUUGCAAGGUUCGAGAAAGAAAAAAUGAUGGCGAAAUGGGAUACAGGCGAAAAUCCGAUCUACAAGCAAGCUACCUCGACGUUCAAAAAUCCAACUUAUUCAGGAAAAGGUUAAAUUUGUUGAUCAACAAACUCUAAUAAAUUGAUCUAUAGAUCUAGCACUCGAAUUAUAUCUCGAUAUAAUUUAUGAAUUUUUAUAUCUAAAACCAGUGUUAGAGGUUUUUGCCAGAAACCUAAACGUAGGUGAAAACUGCCAUAUAAGAAAUGUGUUUAGUUUCUUUCGAGUCUUUUGUCCGUAGGUACUUAAUUUUUUUAAAUAAUAUAUACGAUUCUCCUAAAACACUAAUAUUAUAGUGCAAAGCUAAUAUGUUAAGUUUUAACGUGUACUUUUUAUAUUGUAAUGGCAUUCGUAUUUUGUAAAUGCAUAGUUUCUAACGUGUUUUUUAAGAGUAUUUUUUGUACGAAGUAAGACAAAGUAAGUAUGCUUGAUCAUGCUUAGAAUCUCCAAGCAAUGUGCCUAAAGUUUAUAUUGUGAAUAUUAAAGUGCCUGAAAUAGUUUCAAAAGAAGGAAAACUACAGUUCAGCAGAUAGUUUCAUUUGAAACAAUGGUGCAAUUAAUAGUGAAAGCAGAAUAAACCAAAGUAGAUAAGAAUGUAUUUAUUUUGACUGUAGCAGCUCUAGUCAUGAGGCAAUCGUAGUCUGAACUGUUGUUUUUCAAGCAUUGUUUAUCUGAAAUUUUAAGAAACAGUUCAGUAUUUAUGGAAUAGAAUAAUUAUUAUCCCCCAUUUGUCUGGCCGAAUAAAACCAUAUUUGUUUGAAAUUCCUCUUUAUUGUACGACGUUUUGGUCACAACAGCGACCUUCAAGUACAAUGGACACUUUUUUGGCAAUAUAUUUUAUUUAUUUGUCUUCCAGGUGACACUUAGCUUGUGUUUUUCUUAAGAUACAACAGUUUGUCCUUGGGAUGGCGAAGUAAAACAUCUGCGCAUUCAAGAUCCAAUAACGAACCAUGAGAAAAAACCUGGGAAAAUGCAUGGUCCAUUAGUUAGGUUGGAGAAUAUCAAUUAGAUCUUGGAAUCCUGGAAGACAUAAAUAAAAUCUAUUAUCAAAAAAGUGUCAAUUGUACUUGAAGACCGAAACGUCGUACAAUAAGGAGGGAUUUUAAACAUGUGGUUUGAUUUGGCCAGAAAAACAUGGAGAAUUAUCAUCAUGAAAACCAAAGGAUAGGUUUCAGUUGUUGCAUUAGAAUGAUUCUUUGAUUCAAUGUAUGAUUGAUUCAGUUCAAGAAUUAAAAAGCAUGAAUUUAAAAUAUAAUUAGAAAAUGCAUAAAAACAUCUGAUUUCAGAGCUUAUACAAUAACAAAACGAAUGGUAAAUGUGCCUUUUACUAGCCCAAUCAAAUAUCUGACUUUUGCUUAAAAUUUCCAAUAAGUAUACAAAUAUUUUGUAUAACGCUUGAAACUCGCUAAAACAAGCAAAGUUUCAUGUAUACAGUACUAGGGGUUUAUUUUCUGGUUACUUCUUAAAUUAUACUGGUGCAGCUUUUUGAUGACAAUUUAGUUUUUAAAAAAUCUGACGGUGUUUAGAUUGGCUCUCAUUUUAUGAAAAGUAGCCUUUAGGAAGGCCCCGUUAUUGAAAAUUAUAUUUGCAGCGAAAACUCUCAUAUGUCGAAUCACAGAUUCCAAUGUUGAAUAUCUUAUGGAUUAACAUUGAUAAAAAUAGUGUGUAUCUUAAUUUUUAAUACUAUUGGUCGAAAUAAUAUGUAGUUGAAUUUUAAUUGCAUCCAUAUUUAACAGAACUUUAUAAAUAUAUUAAAACUAUUAAAGACAUAAUCUAUAUAAUUCUUGCUUUUCACCCACUUCCUCUGGGGAGUAAAGCUCGUUGAUCUAGCUGCCUGUCUGUGCGAAAAGGUCCCGAGAUCGGCCGUUAUAGAAGAGUCAUCGAUCAGUCGCACAACCC